AUGGCGAGCGACGGAGCACACCACCAAGACCAAGCUCACGGCUCGAUGCGGCUGCUUGCGGCAGGAUUCAAUGCACACAGACAGUUGCUCCCACGCGAGGGCGACGUGAAGUCGUUCCAGGCAGUCUUGGAGACUCCGCCGGACAACAAUGUACGCAUCCUCUUCGCAGGCUGGAGCAGCACCGUCAUCGUUUCUGAGAAGACAUUGUUCAGUCUGGGCCACGAGCAACUAGAGCCCAGCAUGAACGAUCGCAAUAAGCGACUGCGAAGCGGCUUCGGGGAUCACGAGGGUAUGCUGGGAUGUCUAGACGACGACGGUCACCUGCAUCUUGUGUGCCAUAAGGCGGAUUCGGAAAAAGGACCUGAAUUGGUCAGCCAGAGCGACGACGAUUCGCCGCUGCUCGGAAAUGUUUGCUAUUCUUCCAGUGGGCGGGUAGCGCUGUCGUUCAAGCAAGCACCAAAUAGUAACCUGUGUCACGUUGCUGAGUUUGCGUGUUUGGAAAUAUUCCAAAGAUGGUUUGCAGACCCCAGCAGUCUAAGCAAUUAUCCACAAUGCCAUUACAUGCUACCCGGCCGACCCAAACAGCUCCUGGCAAGCACGGGGACCUUCAUCUUGCUCAUGGAAAACGGAGAAGUCUUUACUUGGGGCGACGGGAGAUAUCAGUCCCUUGGAAGGCCUGUCACUGGCGACGGUGCAGUUUCCGCCGACAAGCCCGGCGCUCUGGAAGCACUAGGAGGGCUUCAGAUCACCAAGGUCGCGACAGGUGGCUGGAUGAAUGCUGCCUUGUCAAAGGACGGCGCCCUGUACGUCUGGGGUACAACGAGUCCUGAAGCCGCCGGAGGCAUAGAGUGUCUGGGUGCAUCCGACUCUGGAGAGGUCUCACUUGUGGAGAUACCAGAUAGCAAUGGUGAGCCCCUGGAUGUGCUUGACGUUGCGCUUGGCGAUAACCACAUCGCAGUUGGGGUAGAAGGGGGCCGCCUCUUCAUGGUCGGGGACAAUCAGAACGGCCAGCUCGGGCUCGAUGAGAAAGAUUUCAUUGCAGACUGGCGAGAAGUACCAGGGCUGUCAAGUGUGCAAAAUGUGUUCUGCGGCGCUAAGUCCACCCUUGUCCUCAGUGGCAAUGA